AAAUGACAUCGAAAGAUUAAGAUAAAGUUCUUCUAGAAAUUUUGAAGUAAAAUGAGAUGACUGAUGACAAAAAGAAAAAAUUUUAAAAUUCACUUAAAAGCUUAGUUCACUUCCUUAAAUAACUUGAUUAUGAUCCAUUUAAUGCUGAGAUUAAAUAUUGCAUCUUUGGGUCAUAAUUAAAUGGAUUUGGGACAAAGGAAUCGGAUGUGGAUUUCACAUUUCUCACUAAUUCUUAUGUUGAUGAAAGGAUUGCACUUAAAUAUUUGAGAUAAGAAAUCGAAGCUGUAGAUUAAAAUAAGUUCAAAAUUAAUGAAUUGGUUGAAUUUGCCAGAAUUGCUGUGAUGAAGAUCCAAGAUCAAACUAAUAAAAUAGAAAUUGAUAUGUGCUUUAACAAUCUUUUAGGUGUGAUCAACACAAAGUUAUUGAAUGCAUAUGCCAACUUAAAUGAGAAAGUUUAAUAGGUAUUACUAAAUAUUAAAUACUAGGGUGGAAUCUUGUUAAAGCUAUGGGGCAAGAAGUAAGGAAUAAUAAAUAAAAAUUGUUUUUCCUCUUACGCUAUAUUAAUAAUGUGGCUGCAUUUCUUAUAACAAAAGUAUCAAAUGCCCAAUCUUUAGGAUAAAUAAUAUAAAACAUCAAAAUCAUAGACGACUACAAUAAUGAUUAAAAGAAAUAUUGAAGGUAAAAGGGAAAGCAGCUUUGAAGUUGAUGUUUUUUUUGUAUAGUAUUUUGAAUUUAUUGAAGGUUUAUCAUGGAGAUAAAUUAUACAAACAAUUGAAGGAUUAAUUUGAUAAAGUAAUCUCAUAAGUCUCGCUUACGAUCUUAUUAAGGGAUUUUUUUAAUUAUUAUUCAGAUUAGGGAGAAGGAUUUACAUAAAAAUACAAGAUUUCAAUCAAUGAGAAAUAGUUGAAAGAAGAGGGAGAAAAAUAUUCAAUGAGUGACCCUUUCGAUAAAGAGCAUGAUCCUAUAAAGAAAAUCAGAAACAAUUUUAAGGAUUAAAAGCUCUUUCAUUAAGCAGGCAUAAAUAUAUAAAACAGUCCUUAGAGUAUGUUUUGA